UCCCCACUCCCUACUGCGUUAGCGCCCGGCAAGUUUGCGCCCUGCUAGCGUUUGCCCCUGCACGCGGCACUCGGUGCGUCCACUACGAGUGAUCCACCCGCUCUCCCGUAGUGUCCCUUCCUCCCGGUGUUAGUCCUCUUCCCCGCCCCCCGGGAUAUGUGAUCCUCCGCACAGGAGAGGGUGGGAGAGGGAUCAGGCUACAAGACCGGACCCUGGAUGUGUCAGCCUCUGAUUUCAGGAGGAGGAGGAGGAAAAGAGAUCAAAGUGCACGGGCCAGGGAUUCCUGGUCAACAUGGAGUGAACGCAACAGCCCCGCUCCAGCGCUUCCGAUGGCUGCUCAGCCCCUGCUAGUUUAACUGAGGAAGCGUAGAGAUUCCGUGCUCCUUAUCAAGCGGGUCUCCUUACUCUCAGGGACAAGUAACUUAUGUGACGGGUGUGGAGCGCACACAGGUAUCAUGGGCUGCAUUAAAAGCAAAGAGGAUAAAGGGCCAUCUAUAAAAUACAGGCCAGAACCUAAACAAGACCCAAUCGGCCAAUAUGGAGCUGACCCGACACAAAUGACACAGUCUCCUGCGGUUAAAGGACCUCCAACAAACUUUAACAGUCAUUCCAUGACGCCAUUUGGAGGCUCUUCGGGGAUGACGCCUUUCGGGGGAGCAUCGUCAUUGUUUUCACCUGUUCCCGUUCCUUAUCCAGGAGGAUUAACGGGUGGUGUUACUGUUUUCGUGGCCUUAUAUGAUUACGAAGCUAGAACAAAUGAAGAUCUUUCAUUUCGAAAAGGUGAAAGGUUCCAGAUCAUAAACAACACGGAAGGGGACUGGUGGGAAGCAAGAUCCAUCGCCACUGGAAAAACUGGCUACAUACCUAGUAAUUACGUAGCCCCUGCAGACUCCAUACAAGCUGAAGAGUGGUAUUUUGGAAAAAUGGGUAGGAAGGAUGCCGAGAGAUUACUGCUAAACCCCGGAAACCAGAGAGGAACCUUUCUAGUUCGUGAAAGUGAAACCACUAAAGGUGCAUAUUCCCUUUCCAUUCGUGACUGGGAUGAGGCAAGAGGCGAUAAUGUGAAACACUACAAGAUCAGAAAACUUGACAAUGGAGGAUACUAUAUCACUACAAGAGCACAGUUUGACUCACUACAGAAACUGGUUAAACACUACUCUGAACAUGCCGAUGGAUUGUGCUAUAGACUCACAACAGUCUGUCCUACUGUAAAACCACAAACUCAAGGACUAGCAAAGGAUGCUUGGGAGAUUCCGCGAGAAUCGCUGCGGCUUGAAGUUAAACUGGGACAAGGAUGUUUCGGUGAAGUGUGGAUGGGAACUUGGAACGGAACAACAAAAGUAGCCAUUAAAACACUAAAGCCUGGAACUAUGAUGCCUGAAGCUUUCCUACAAGAGGCACAAAUCAUGAAAAAACUGAGGCACGACAAAUUGGUUCCUCUAUAUGCAGUUGUUUCCGAAGAGCCAAUCUAUAUUGUCACGGAAUUCAUGACAAAAGGUAGUCUGCUUGACUUCUUAAAAGAGGGAGAUGGGAAAUAUUUAAAGCUGCCACAGCUUGUUGAUAUGGCUGCACAGAUUGCCGAUGGUAUGGCUUACAUUGAAAGAAUGAACUACAUCCAUAGAGACCUCAGAGCCGCAAACAUCUUAGUGGGGGAUAAUCUUGUGUGCAAAAUUGCUGACUUUGGCUUGGCAAGGUUAAUAGAAGACAAUGAAUACACAGCUAGACAAGGAGCAAAAUUUCCAAUCAAAUGGACAGCCCCCGAGGCAGCUUUGUAUGGACGGUUUACUAUUAAAUCAGACGUAUGGUCCUUUGGAAUACUCCUGACAGAGCUGGUCACCAAAGGAAGAGUGCCAUAUCCAGGCAUGGUUAAUCGUGAGGUUCUGGAGCAGGUGGAGCGUGGGUAUAGAAUGCCAUGCCCUCAAGGUUGUCCAGAAUCUCUGCAUGAAUUAAUGAAGCUGUGCUGGAAGAAGGACCCUGAUGAAAGGCCAACUUUUGAGUAUAUUCAGUCCUUUUUAGAAGACUACUUUACUGCCACAGAGCCACAGUACCAGCCUGGAGACAAUCUAUAAAGACUAAAGGAAAUACACAUAUCUGCCAAAAGAAGAGGAGACGGGCCUAUUUUAAGGGAGAAGAGUGUGAAAGGAAAGUUACAAUCAAUCUGCAUGCUUACGGCAAACUGGAAAAAAGUGCAGCUGCACAAAACCACUUUUAAAGUAUUGUAACCUAAUGGACAAAUUAAUGUGAUUCUGCAAAUGUCCCACAAAGAGUUUGUUAGAGGAUUUGCAAAGGCUUAAAACGUGCAGUGGGCCAGCCCGGGGAUGGGCUACCCACAUUUAAUUCUGUGAGUGACCAUUUCAGGUUUACAAAACGCGGUGGGACCAAACAUUUCAUUCCUGUUCCAUAGAGCGUUUUUUUUUUCCUUCUUUUUAAUCCCAUAAAGAUGACUGACAUGGAGCACAACAAUGUUAAUCCUUUCACUGCCAGAUACGGUAAACUGUCAGUGAAGGGCGUUUUUUGUAUUUUUAUUAUUUUUUUCCAAUUCUCAUCCACUGUAGGUUAUUUCAGGUUUUUCAUUAAAAAUACAUAAAAAUAUAGAGUUUGUGGUCAUCUAUUUUUUAUAUAUAAUUUAGAGGGAUUUUUUGUUUUUGUUUUCUUUCUCUCCCCCAUCAAAAUUCCAAUUUGGAUAAUCAAAUGACAUGAUUAUGGACAGUAUGUCACAGUAAAAAAAAAAAAUCCCCCAAGUGCAAUCAAAAAGUAUUUUUUUAUUUUAGUUUUUUGGAAAUUAAAGGGGGGAAAAAAAGGUUUAAGUAGCAGAUGCAUACAAUCAAGGGGCUGAUGCUGAUGGCCACUAGAUCAGGGAUGCAUUUAAAUAGCACUUUGGUAUUUGGUUGAUCAAACAUGGAUUGGAACAUAUCUUGCGGUGCGGAGUGUUUGGAAAUAAAAUGUGAAUGCUUUUUUAGGCUGUUUUCAAAGGUUGUUGGCUGAUCACGUCUCGUAAAGGAUUUCCUAAUUUCAUCUGAAACGUAUCGGGCAAUAUAUUUUUUAGUUUGAUUGUUUUUCUCAAUGAUAUGCUCAUUUGACAAUAAAAUAUCAAUUCUGCUCUGCUAAACCCACAACACAUUUGAUAUUGUAAUUUAUGAUCUUACGAACAAUCUCGGGUUUGAUGGGUAACUGAAAACAAUUUCUGUUUACACGGACUUUUAUUUUCCCUUUUGAGUGAACAUUUUUAAUGUAUGUGCCAUUCUUCAUCAAUAUUGCUGUCGUUUUACUUUUAACGACUUACAAACAAGUCGUUUUUAAAAGGGCUUUAUAUGAACACUAGGGAAUUGUAUCUUUUUUAUAAAUCUUUUUUCAAGCCAAUUUAAAUCUGUGUAAGUUUGUGUAUUAAAUUCAAUUAAGGAGGAGCACGCUAUUGGGCAGAACAGAUGACGGCCGUGUUUUUAAUACUAUAGAGUCAUGUUAUAACACUUGUAUAGUAAAAAAAAUAAAUAAAA